AUGAUUCUAAGUGAUCUGAUCUUGGGGAUUUGCACCUGCUUUCAAACUGUUAUUGGGGUCCUGGGGAACUCCCGACUAUUCGUGGUAUACAUCUAUAUCUUAUAUAUUCAGUCCCACCAUAAGAGACCCAUGAAUAUGAUUAUCGUCCAUCUGACACUAGCUAAUGUUAUGACACUUAUCACUAGAGGAAUUCCUGAUACUAUGGUCUACUUUGGGGCAAAAAAUGUUCUGGAUGAUGUUGGGUGUAAGAUGAUCAUGUAUUUCUACAGGUUGGGCCGGGGACUUUCUAUUGGCACAACCUGUCUCCUGAGCAUAUUCCAAGCCAUCACUAUCAGCCCCAUCCAUUCAAGAUGGGCAUGGCUAAAACCCAGAAUAAGCAAAUAUAUAUUUCCCUUCUUCUUUUCCAACUGGAUCAUCAACAUGUUGAUCUACAUCAGUGUCAUUGAUUCUCUUCAAGCCAGUGAAAAUUUCACUGUGUACAAAAAAGGUUAUUCUAUGAAAUACUGCACCACUAAACCAGAUAUUCAUUAUAUAAUUCAAAAUUUAAUUGUCACAGCCGCAACUGCCCUGGAUUUAGUCUUUCUCACCCUAAUGAGUCUGGCCAGUGGUUACAUGUUGGUAUUUCUCUACAGCCAUAAAAAGAAUAUUCAGCACAUUCGUAACACCAGCCUCUCUGCUAGGCCUUCUUAUGAGGUCAAGGCUACCCAAACCAUCCUGUUAUUGGUGAGCUUUUAUGUUAUAUUUUACUGGAUUGGUUGUUGCCUUACA